AUGGCGGCGGCGGCGGGCGGCGGCGGUUGCCCCGGGCCUGGCUCCGCGCGGGGCCGCUUCCCCGGGCGGCCGCGGGGCUCCGGCGGGGGCGGGGGCCGCGGCGGACGGGGCAGCGGGGCCGAGAGAGCGCGGGUGGCCCUGCGGCGCGGCGGCGGCGGCGCGGCGGGGCCCGGAGGAGCCGAGCCCGGGGAGGAUACGGCCCUGCUCCGCUUGCUGGGGCUCCGCCGGGGCCUGCGCCGGCUCCGCCGCCUGUGGGCCGGCCCGCGCGUCCAGCGGGGCCGGGGUCGGGGCCGAGGUCGGGGCCUGGGCCCGGGCCGAAGCUGCGUGCUGGAGGAGGAGAGCAGCGACGGGGAGUCGGACGAGGAGGAGUUUCAGGGUUUUCAUUCAGAUGAAGAUGUGGCCCCCAGUUCCCUGCGCUCUGCGCUCCGAUCCCAACGAGGUCGAGCCCCCCGAGGUCGGGGCCGCAAGCAUAAGACGAUCCCCCUUCCUCCUCGCCUAGCAGAUGUGACUCCUAUCUCCCCAAAGACCCCUACUCGGAAACGGGGUGAGGAGGGCACAGAACGAAUGGUGCAGGCACUGACUGAACUUCUCCGGAGGGCCCAGGCCCCCCCAGCCCCUCGGAGCCGGGCAUGUGAGCCCUCAACCCCCCGUCGGUCUCGGGGACGGCCUCCAGGACGUCCAGCAGGCCCCAGCCGGAAAAAGCAGCAAGCAGCAGUAGCAGCAGAAGCGGCUGUGACAAUCCCUAAACCUGAGCCUCCACCUCCUGUGAUUCCAGUAAAGCACCGAACUGGCAGCUGGAAAUGCAAGGAGGGACCUGGUCCAGGACCUGGAACCCCUAAAAGUGGAGGACAGCUUGGGAGAGGAGGUCGUGGAGGCAGGGGUAGAGGUCGAGGUGGGCUUCCUCUCAUGAUCAAGUUUGUUUCAAAGGCCAAAAAAGUAAAGAUGGGACAAUUGUCUUUGGGACUUGAAUCAGUUCAGGGUCAAGGUCAACAUGGGGAAAGUUGGCAGGAUGCCCCUCAAAGAAAAGUUGGAGCUGGACAGGAAGCAGAUUCUUGUUGGAAGAAGCAGGAGCAGAAGCUGGAGGAGGAGGGAGAAGAGAAAGACAGAGAAGAGGGAGAGAAGGAGGAGAGCGCUGUGGCUAAGGAAGAGGUGAUACCAGCCAAGGAAGAGGAAGAGGCGAAGCCAUCAUUCUCACCCCUGACUCUUCCAGCCCCUCUGCCUUCCCCCCCACCCCCUUCAACCUCUCCUCCACCUCCAGAGCCCCCUCCUCCCCCACCUUCCCCUCCCCCAUGUCCAGCCCCAGAGAAGAGAGAAGAGUCCCCUCCUGUGGUUCCAGCUGCAUGUUCCAGGAAGAGGGGCCGGCCUCCCCUGACUCCCAGCCAGCGGGCAGAGCGGGAAGCUGCUCGGGCAGGGCCAGAGAGCAGCUCUUCCACCUCAAACCCCAGCACUACCACAGGAGGCUCUAUGGAAGACAGUCCUACUGUGGCCCCCAAAAGUACCACCUUCCUGAAGAAUAUCCGUCAGUUUAUCAUGCCUGUGGUGAGUGCCCGAUCCUCCCGUGUCAUCAAGACGCCCCGGCGAUUUAUGGAUGAAGACCCUCCCAAACCCCCAAAAGUGGAGAUCUCACCAGCUCUACGACCUCCUAUUGCCACCUCCCCACUUGCUUCCCAGGACCCAGUGCAAGUUCCCUCUCCGCCCCGUGUCCCAACUCCCCCGUCUAUCCAAGUCCCGCUCCCUGAGAAGAGACGGUCCAUCCUAAGGGAGCCCACGUUUCGCUGGACCUCACUAACCCGGGAGCUGCCGCCGCCUCCCCCUGCUCCUCCACCAGCCCCAUCCCCACCACCUACCCCUGUCACCUCCUCCAGGAGGCCUCUGCUCCUUCGGGCUCCGCAGUUUACCCCGAGCGAAGCUCAUCUGAAGAUCUAUGAGUCGGUGCUUACUCCUCCUCCUCUUGGGGCUCCUGAAGCCCCUGAGCCAGAGCCGCCUCCCACUGAUGACUCUCCAGCUGAGCCUGAACCUCGGGCAGUGGGGCGGACCAACCACCUUAGCCUGCCUCGAUUUGUCCCUGUGGUCACUACUCCUGUUAAGGCCGAGGUGCCCUCUCCUGGGGCUCCAACUCUGAGCAAUGGGCAGCAGCCCCCGCAGGCCUUGCAGAACCAGCUUCUGCCCCAGGCUGUACCACCACAGGAGCCACAAGUGCAGCCGCAGGUACAGCUGCAGCCGCCACCAUCACCAUCACUAUCACCAUCACCACAACACACACCACCACUGGAAAAACCCCGGAUUGCAGGCCUGGGUUCCUUGCCACUGUCUGGGGUGGAGGAGAAGAUGUUCAGCCUCCUUAAAAGAGCUAAGGUGCAGCUGUUCAAGAUUGACCAGCAGCAGCAGCAGCAGCAGCAGCAGCAACAGCAGAAGGUUGCAGCGUUGAUGCCGACAAGCCCUGGAGGGCAAAUGGAAGAGACCGUGGGGACUGUCAAACAGACCCCAGACCGAGGCUGUGUGAGGUCUGAAGAUGAAUCCGUGGAAGCCAAGAGAGAGCGAGCCUCGGGCCCCGAGUCCCCUGUGCAAGGUCCCCGCAUCAAACAUGUCUGCCGUCACGCUGCUGUGGCCCUGGGUCAGGCUCGGGCCAUGGUACCUGAAGAUGUCCCCCGCCUCAGUGCCCUCCCCCUUCGUGACCGGCAGGACCUCGCCACAGAGGAUACAUCGUCAGCAUCUGAGACUGAGAGUGUUCCAUCCCGAUCCCAGCGGGAAAAGGUGGAAUCUGCAGAGCCUGGUGGAGACUUGGAGCCUGCGGGGUCUGCAGGGACCCUGGCCCACACACCCCGGCGCCCACUGCCCUCUCACCAUGGCAAGAAGAUGCGCAUGGCUCGAUGUGGGCACUGUCGGGGCUGCCUGCGUGUGCAGGACUGUGGUUCUUGUGUCAACUGCUUGGACAAACCCAAGUUUGGGGGCCCCAACACCAAGAAGCAGUGCUGUGUAUACCGAAAGUGUGACAAGAUAGAGGCUCGGAAGAUGGAACGGCUGGCAAAAAAAGGCCGGACGAUAGUGAAGACGCUGUUGCCUUGGGAUUCCGAUGAAUCUCCUGAGGCCUCUCCUGGUCCUCCAGGCCCACGUCGGGGGGCGGGAGCUGGGGGGCCCCGGGAAGAGGUGGGCACCACCCCCGGGCCCGAGGAGCAGGACUCCCUCCUCCUACAGCGCAAGUCAGCCCGUCGCUGCGUCAAACAGCGACCCUCUUACGAUGUCUUCGAGGACUCGGAUGACUCAGAGCCAGGGGGUCCUCCUGCUCCCAGGCGUCGGACCCCCAGAGAACAUGAGCUGCCAGUGCUAGAGCCCGAGGAGCAGAGCCGGCCCCGCAAACCCACCCUGCAGCCUGUCCUGCAGCUCAAGGCCCGAAGGCGCCUGGAUAAGGAUGCUUUGGCCCCUGGCCCCUUUGCCUCUUUUCCCAAUGGAUGGACUGGAAAACAGAAGUCCCCUGAUGGUGUGCACCGAGUCCGAGUAGAUUUUAAGGAGGAUUGUGACCUAGAGAAUGUGUGGCUGAUGGGUGGUCUGAGCGUGCUCACUUCCGUACCAGGGGGGCCGCCAAUGGUGUGCCUUCUGUGUGCUAGCAAAGGCCUACACGAGUUGGUCUUCUGCCAAGUCUGCUGUGAUCCUUUCCACCCAUUCUGCCUGGAGGAGGCUGAACGACCCCUGCCCCAGCAUCACGAUACCUGGUGCUGUCGCCGCUGCAAGUUCUGCCAUGUCUGCGGACGCAAAGGCCGGGGAUCCAAGCACCUCCUGGAGUGUGAACGCUGUCGUCAUGCCUACCACCCGGCCUGCCUGGGGCCCAGCUACCCGACCCGGGCCACUCGUAGACGGCGCCACUGGAUCUGUUCAGCCUGUGUGCGCUGUAAGAGCUGUGGGGCAACUCCAGGCAAGAACUGGGACGUCGAGUGGUCUGGAGAUUACAGCCUUUGCCCCAGGUGCACCCAGCUCUAUGAGAAAGGAAACUACUGCCCGAUUUGCACACGCUGCUAUGAAGACAAUGAUUACGAGAGCAAGAUGAUGCAGUGCGCACAGUGUGACCACUGGGUGCAUGCCAAAUGUGAGGGUCUCUCAGAUGAAGACUAUGAAAUCCUAUCUGGGCUGCCGGACUCGGUGCUGUACACAUGUGGGCCGUGUGCUGGGGCCACACAGCCACGCUGGCGAGAGGCACUGAGUGGGGCCCUACAGGGAGGCCUGCGCCAGGUGCUCCAGGGCCUACUGAGCUCCAAGGUGGCGGGUCCACUGCUGCUGUGCACCCAGUGUGGGCAGGAUGGGAAGCAGCUGCAUCCAGGACCCUGUGAUUUGCAAGCUGUAGGGAAGCGUUUUGAGGAAGGCCACUAUAAAUCUGUGCACAGCUUCAUGGAGGACAUGGUGGGCAUCCUGAUGAGACACUCAGAAGGAGAGACACCAGAGCGUCGGGCUGGAGGCCAGAUGAAGGGGCUCCUACUAAAGCUGCUAGAGUCCGCGUUCGGCUGGUUCGACGCCCACGACCCCAAGUACUGGCGACGGAGUACCCGGCUGCCAAAUGGAGUCCUCCCCAAUGCUGUACUGCCUCCAUCCCUGGACCACGUCUAUGCUCAGUGGAGACAGCAGGAACCAGAGACCCCAGAAUCAGGGCAGCCACCAGGUGAUCCGUCAGCAGCAUUCCAGGGCAAAGACUCAGCUGCUUUCUCACACCUGGAUGACCCCCGUCAGUGUGCACUCUGUCUGAAAUAUGGGGAUGCCGACUCCAAGGAGGCAGGUCGGCUCCUGUACAUCGGGCAAAAUGAGUGGACACAUGUCAAUUGUGCCAUUUGGUCAGCUGAAGUAUUUGAGGAGAAUGAUGGCUCCCUCAAGAAUGUUCAUGCUGCUGUGGCACGAGGGAGGCAGAUGCGUUGUGAGCUCUGCCUGAAGCCUGGAGCCACUGUGGGCUGCUGCCUGUCCUCCUGCCUCAGUAAUUUCCACUUCAUGUGUGCUCGGGCCAGUGACUGCAUCUUCCAGGAUGAUAAGAAGGUUUUUUGCCAGAAACACACAGACCUCCUGGAUGGCAAGGAGAUAGUGACUCCUGAUGGUUUUGAUGUUCUUCGCCGAGUCUAUGUGGACUUUGAGGGCAUCAACUUCAAGCGAAAGUUCUUGACAGGGCUUGAACCAGAUGUCAUCAAUGUGCUCAUUGGCUCCAUCAGAAUUGACUCCUUGGGGACCCUGUCUGAUCUCUCGGACUGUGAGGGUCGGCUCUUCCCCAUUGGCUACCAGUGCUCCCGGCUGUACUGGAGCACAGUGGAUGCUCGGAGGCGCUGCUGGUAUCGGUGCCGAAUUCUAGAGUAUCGACCAUGGGGGCCAAGGGAGGAACCUGUUCACCUAGAGGCAGCCGAAGAGAACCAGACCAUUGUGCACAGCCCUGCCCCUUCAGAGCCCCCCAAUCAUGAGGACCUGCCAGAUACAGACGCCCUGAUCCUUGGAGCUCCUGAGCACCAUUCACCUGUUCAGAGUCUGGACCCCACACUUCGGCCAGAUUCUAGCCACGGCCCUUCUCCCGCCUCCCAUUCCUUGGGGGCUCGAAUCAAAGUGCCCAACUACUCGCCAUCCCGGAGGCCCUUGGGGGGUAUCUCCUUUGGCCCUUUGCCCUCCCCUGGAAGUCCAUCCUCUCUGGCUCACCACAUCCCUACAGUAGGAGAUUUGGACUUCCCAGCUCCCCCUAGGCGCUCCCGGCGUCCUAGCCCCUUGGCUCCCAGGCUACCACCCUCACGGUGGGCCUCCUCUCCUCUCAGAACCUCCCCUCAGCUCAGGGUGCCCCUGCCUACCUCAAUUGUCACAACCCUCACACCUACCUCAGGGGAGCUGGCUCCCCCUGGCCUGGCCUCAUCGCCUCUACCACCCCCUGAAGACCUGGGUCCAGAUUUUGAGGACAUGGAGGUGGUGUCGGGACUGAGUGCUGCUGACCUGGACUUUGCAGCCAGUCUUCUGGGGACUGAGCCUUUUCAGGAAGAGAUCGUGGCCGCAGGGGCGGCAGGGAGCAGCCACGGAGGCCCAGGGGACAGCUCAGAGGAGGAGGCCAGCCCUACCACUCACUAUGUCCACUUUCCUGUGACUGUGGUAUCUGGUCCUGCCUUGGCCCCUGGCCCCCACCCUGGAGUCCCUCGAAUUGAGCAGUUGGAUGGAGUGGACGAUGGCACCGACAGUGAAGCUGAGGCAGUCCAGCAGCCCCGGGGUCAGGGGACUCCUCCUUCAGGACCAGGAGUGGGACGAGCUGGGGUUCUUGGGGCUGCAGGGGACAGGGCCCGACCUCCUGAGGACCUGCCUUCCGAAAUUGUGGAUUUUGUGUUGAAGAACCUAGGGGGGCCAGGCGAGGGGGCUGCUGGUCCUAGAGAGGAGCUGCUUCCCCAAGCACCUUCCCUGGCCAAUGGCAGCCAGCCCCCUCAAGGUCUGCCCUCUAGCCCAGCUGACCCCACUCGGACAUUUGCCUGGCUCCCUGGGACCCCAGGGGUCCGAGUGUUGAGCCUGGGCCCUGCUCCUGAGCCCCCUAAACCUGCCACAUCCAAGAUCAUUCUUGUCAACAAGCUGGGGCAAGUAUUUGUGAAGAUGGCAGGGGAAGGUGAUCCUGUCCCACCCCCGGUAAAGCAGCCACCUUUGCCCCCUGUCAUUCCUCCGACGGCUCCCACUUCCUGGACUCUGCCCCCAGGACCUCUGCUUAGUGUGUUGCCAGUGGUAGGAGUUGGGGUGGUUCGCCCUGCCCCACCCCCACCCCCACCCCCGCUUACAUUGGUAUUUAGCAGUGGGCCCCCCAGCCCACCCCGCCAGGCCAUCCGGGUCAAGAGGGUGUCCACCUUCUCUGGCCGUUCCCCGCAAGCUCCUCCCCCAAACAAAGCCCCCCGGCUGGAUGAAGAUGGGGAGUCCUUGGAGGAUAUUCACCAAGUCCUGGGUCUUGGUGGCAGUGGAUUGAGCCGUGUGCGAAUGAAAACUCCCACAGUGCGAGGAGUUCUUGACCUGGACAACCCUGGGGAGGAAAGCCCUGGGUCCCUCCAGGACCAGUCCCCUGUGCUGCCACUUCCAGAAGUUGGUCCUUCCCUGGCCCCGGAUGGUCCCUUAGACCUGCUGCUUGAGUCCCAGUGGCACCACUAUUCAGGCGAGGCCUCCAGCUCCGAGGAAGAGCCUCCAUCCCCAGAAGACAAAGAAAACCAGGCUCCAAAACGGGCUGGGCCGCACCUACGCUUUGAGAUAAGCAGUGAGGAUGGCUUCAGUGUGGAGGCAGAGAGCUUGGAGGGAGCCUGGAGAACUCUGAUUGAGAAAGUGCAAGAGGCCCGAGGGCAUGCACGGCUCAGGCAUCUCUCCUUUAGUGGAAUGAGUGGGGCACGGCUCCUGGGCAUCCACCACGAUGCUGUCAUCUUCCUGGCAGAGCAGUUGCCUGGGGCCCAGCGCUGCCAGCACUACAAGUUCCGGUACCACCAGCAGGGAGAGGGCCAGGAGGAACCACCCCUGAACCCCCAUGGGGCUGCCCGUGCUGAGGUCUAUCUCCGGAAGUGCACCUUUGACAUGUUCAACUUUCUGGCCUCCCAGCACCGCGUGCUCCCUGAAGGAGCCGCCUGUGAUGAGGAAGAGGACGAGGUGCAGCUCAGGUCUACUAGACGUGCCACAAGCCUAGAGCUGCCCAUGGCCAUGCGCUUUCGCCACCUCAAAAAGACGUCCAAAGAGGCUGUGGGUGUAUACAGAUCAGCCAUCCAUGGGCGUGGCCUGUUCUGUAAACGAAACAUCGAUGCUGGAGAGAUGGUCAUUGAAUACUCUGGCAUUGUCAUUCGCUCUGUGCUAACUGACAAGCGGGAGAAGUUCUAUGAUGGAAAGGGUAUUGGGUGCUACAUGUUCCGCAUGGAUGACUUUGACGUGGUGGAUGCCACGAUGCAUGGCAAUGCCGCUCGCUUCAUCAACCAUUCUUGUGAGCCCAAUUGCUUCUCUCGUGUCAUUCAUGUGGAGGGCCAGAAACACAUUGUCAUCUUUGCCCUGCGCCGCAUUCUGCGAGGUGAGGAGCUCACUUAUGACUACAAGUUUCCCAUCGAGGAUGCCAGCAACAAGCUGCCCUGCAACUGUGGCGCCAAGCGCUGCCGUCGCUUCCUUAACUGAGCUGUGGAUGCCUCCAGUCCUCACGUGCCCAUCACAUCUCACCCUGGCCUGUGGCUCCCUAGUCUCUCAGCGGUCUCACUCCCACCCUCUUGUUCAGAGUGGGUGUGGGGAUGCAGGGGGUAGGGUGUCUUGCCUCCAUCCCUCCUCCCGGACCACCCAGCAAUCGCCCCCUUCCUGCCUUGGGGACCCAGGAUGUAGAUAUUGUACAAAGAUUUCUAAAUCCCUUCUUUUCUAUGCACUUUUUUAUUUAAGAGGGUGGGGUCCCAGGUGGGAACCCCCCCACAAUAAAGUCUGUCAAUGUUUGGA